AUAAACCAGCCCCCUUCAUAUCUCAUAUAAUUCACAACACAAACCAUUUUUAUAUUUGUUUUUUAGAUAAAGCAAGCGAAAACACUCGAGGCUUCCCUAACAUCAAAACAUGACGGUUUCUUCUGCAGAAAAUGUUGUUGGUGAUGCUACAUUCUCUCUCUCCAGGCUUGCUCCUUUGGAAGCGAUACUAUUUGAUGUUGAUGGGACUCUCUGUGAUUCAGAUCCCCUCCACCACUAUGCCUUCCGAGAAAUGCUUCAAGAGAUAAAUUUCAAUGAUGGGGUCCCAAUUACGGAGGAAUUCUUUGUUAAGACUAUUGCUGGCAAGCAUAAUGAGGAUAUUGCCUUGUCCCUCUUUCCCGAUGAUCUCCAGCGAGGCUUAAAAUUCACGGAGGAUAAGGAAGCCAUGUUCCGAAGGUUGGCAUCUGAGCAACUUAAGCCUAUAAAUGGUCUAUACAAAUUGAAGAAAUGGGUCGAAGACCGUGGGCUGAAACGAGCUGCAGUUACGAAUGCUCCAAGAGCAAAUGCUGAACUCAUGAUCUCACUUCUGGGCCUCUCAGAUUUUUUUCAUGCUGUUAUCAUUGGGGAUGAUUGUCAACAUGCCAAACCACACCCAGAACCCUACUUGAAGGCUCUUGAAGUACUCAAUGUGUCAAAGGACCACACCUUUGUGUGCGAGGAUUCUGUUUCAGGCAUAAAAGCUGGGGUGGCCGCCGGGAUGCCUGUUGUUGGUUUAACUACCAGAAACCCAGAACAUUUAUUGCUGGAGGCAAAGCCUACACUUCUUAUAAAGGAUUAUGAAGAUCCAAAGUUGUGGACAGCUCUGGAAGAACUUGAUAAGCAAGCAGCUGCUGCAAAACCUACUGCUUGAAUAAUCUCCUUGGUAACUAUAAGGAUUAUGAUUUACCUGAAUAAUUCUUUUCCAAUAGAACUUGCGUAUCUUACCCCCUGAAGCUGCUUGCGGUCUGACAUCAAGCGCAUUGGCCCAUAAUGAAUGGCAUCCAUUUGGUUUGAGGGGAUGUGUCACUCCUAACAUUCAUAUAGAACAUGCGUAUGCAGUGCUUCUCAAAGGUAUUGGGAUAAUUACUUGAAAAUAAAUGGAAUCACAAUAUUGUAUUCUACUUUCGGUGUGUAAUCUGAAAACAAAUUUAUAUUCGAUCAUUAUGAUCUGAUUAUGCAUUUUCUGAUAAUUACUAUUCGGAA